AGGAGGAUCAGGAUCAUUCGACUACAGAAGAAAUAGAAUUAGGUAGAAUUCAAAAAGAGAUUUUUCCGUCAACAAGCGUUGAGGAAGUUGUUUGCGCCAAUUUUACAUCGCCAAAAGAUAUUAAUAUAAUAGUUGCACGUUCAUCUAUAUUACAAAUUUACAAAUUUGUUGAACGAAUUGAGAUUUCAGUAGAAGACGAGGAUAAUGACUUAAGUCAAGAAAUAGAAAAGGAGAAGGAUGAGACUUUUCUAUUAACACUCAAACCGGCUACAAAUCCGUCAUUCAUGACUGGCCAUCUUGAGCUUAUCUCACAAUAUAAGCUUCAUGGUAAUAUAACCUCUAUGGGAGUUGUGAGAACGAUUUCUUCGGGUGCAAAUGAUAUGGAUAGUCUGCUAUUAAGCUUUAAGGAUGCAAAGUUGUCGCUUUUGGAAUUCUCAUUAGCAACUAACAACAUCGUCACGGUAUCUAUCCAUUAUUACGAGAGGGAGGAAUAUAAGUUAGAGUUUCUAGCAAAUACGCGCCCAACCGAAUUAAGGGUGGAUCCAUCAAAUAGAUGUGCUAUAUUGAAUUUUUUUGGUGAUAAGCUAGCAAUUCUUCCUUUUCGUCAAGAAGAAGCUUUAAAUCUAGACGAAGAGGAAGUUGCAAGCAAGUGGCCUUACUUACCAAGUUUUGUCGUCGAACUGCCUUCCAUUCAACCACGAAUUAAAAAUGUCAUAGAUAUGAAAUUCUUGUAUGAUUAUUAUGAACCAACUUUAGCCAUACUUUUUGAAUCAUGUCAAACCUGGCCGGGUAAAAUGAGCACAAAUAAGGACACUUGUUCUCUUGUCGUUGUGUCACUAGACAUUUCACAAAAAGUAUAUCCAGUCAUAUAUUCAAUGGAUAAGUUACCACAUUCUUGUGUGAAAUUAAUUCCAAUUCAAAAACCUGUUGGUGGCAUCCUCAUUAUAACUGCGAACGCGAUAAUUCAUGUGGAUCAAAGUUCUCCAGGAAUUGGUAUUGCUGUUAACGGAUAUGCAAUGUCCACAACAGAUUUUCCACUUGAUCGUUCAUUCGAGCAUUUGGGUCUUGCUUUAGAAGGAUGUCAUUAUGUUUUCUUAGAUAAAGAUGAAAUUUUGAUUUUUUUGCGUAAUGGCGACAUGUACCUAGUAAAAUUGAUAAAGGAUGGAAGAUCGAUAUCUAGGAUUACAAUAGAAAAAGUUGGCACUAAUACGUUACCAUCAUGUGCUUGUCACGUAGCGCCUGGCUAUUUCUUUUUAGGAUCACGACUAGGCGAUUCACAUUUAGUUCAAUAUAAAGCUUCCAAAUCCAAUUAUAUGGCAAAUGGUGCUGUGAAUGGUUUUAGUAAUAUGUCGCGGAGAAAUACCUUUGAUUUUGAUGCUGAAUUAUAUGAAACUGAUACAAGUGGUACAAAUAUUGGAGGCAUAAGCAGCAAAAUAAGUACUAAAUUUCCAACGGCCUUUGAAUACAACUUUACUGUAUGCGACACACUUAUUAAUGUUGGACCAAUAGUGGAUUUGGCUUAUGGCGAAUUAGCGUUCUCUGAGGAAGAGUCUCAUUUACAUACUGUUCAUAAAGAAUUGGAGUUGGUUUCUUGUUCGGGUUCUGGAGCGGCUUCUUCGCUUUGUAUAUUCCACCGUAAUAUAAAUCCGAUAGUAUCAAGCUCUUUUCCAAUGACUGAUUGUUUAAAUAUGUGGACGGUAUCAUGCAAAGAUGUCAUAUAUCAAAAUAUGAAUAUCGAUACUGGUGAUGCAGAAGAAUCUUUUCACAAAUUCCUAUUCAUUUCAAAAAAAUAUAGGACAAUGGUUCUUGUCUGUGGUGAAGAACUACAGGAACUUGAGCAUUCUGAUUUUUAUACGGAUGGUCCGACAGUGGCCGUUGGAUCAGUGCUGAAUGGGUCACGUAUAUUACAAAUUUGUGGUCAUGGCCUUCGGCUUCUCGAUCAAGAUGGAAAACUUGUGCAAAUGAUACCAACUCAAGAUGAUUCUGAAACGAGCUCAAUUGUAUUUGCUAGCAUUGUUGAUCCAUAUAUAUUGCUAUUAUUUGACACUGGUGAUAUUAAGUUGUUAAAGGCUGAUGAUAAGUCAAAGAAUAUUGAUUUUUAUUCCCAGCCUUCGUCUAUUAAUGAUAUCCCUACUGCAUCGUGCCAUAUAUAUCGAGAUGAUACCGAUCUUUUUGCUCUUGUUAAGGACGUUACGCCGUUAGCAUCUCCAAUAGAUAGCAAGGCCAAAAAAACGGAUAAAACGCAACCAGAAAAGACAUCAAUUUUUCAAGAUGAUGAGUUAGACGAUUUGUAUGCUGAUGUAAGCGAAACUCCUGCCAACAUAGAAGAAAAUCCAAAUGUAGAAACUUCUAUGGAUGUUGAUAACGAUAAUGUUUAUGAAAAUCGACAAGAGAUCGGGGGUGAGGUAAAUGAACCAAAUCUAAGUGGUUUUGUUGAAAGUGUGAAAUCCGAAAGCUUUUGGUGCGUACUUUAUCGACAAGAUGGUUCUUUGGAG